UUUCAAACUUGUUCAAAUUAACCCCACUAUGUACACUCGUACACUCGAUUCGCAUGCGCGCCAAGUCAAGUGUCCUCUCUCUCAUACCAAAUCACUGCACCUUCCUUCCUCCUUCACCACCACCCCAAUCAUCGAAAAACGUGUACUCGUUGCGGAUUCGAAAGAGCCUCGAUUUGAUGCCCAUGUGAGUGAGCGCUCUCAAAAAUCCGCAAGAGCAACGAAAGAAGGCAGAAGGAAGAAGAAGAAGAAGCAUAAGUGCAUCGCAUCGAAUCGCAGUAUCAAAAAAGCAGCAUCGCUUCCGAAUCUCUCUCUAGACCCAUUCAUAACGCCCAUGGCCCUUUUCCAGCAGCAAAAACAAGCGCGCAUCUCAUGAUGAAUUUUCCCCGCCAAGAAAAUUUUGCUUGUGCAAGGCAGAGAAAAGCUUUCAUAACACAGUUCGGGUAAAGUGAGGCAAGAAUGCAUGUCCUCAAUGCAAUCAAUCCAUGGCAAGAAGCAAGCUCUUUCUUUCGCGCGCGCUUUCUCUCCCUCUCUCUCUCUCUAUUUCCUCUCCACCCGUCGGGCGAUGCAGGCGUGACAUUAGAAGGCGUUCCGAUGAUAAUACAGUCCGAAGGUAUGAUACAACGAGGCCAUGCGAAACAGAAGGGGUAUCUCAUGCGAUUCAAGACUCAUCCUUGUCUGCCGCCAUCGGUGACUUGGAUCGGUUUCGUGCAGCUGGCGGUGAUGCUGCUUCGGAC